AUGAUUCUAAGAUCUCAUGACAAGCCCCCUGAUGUUGGAUUUUUAAAAAUCAAUUUAGAUGCUUCAUUUAUGCAGCUUAAUUCUCAAGGAGGAAUUGGACUAAUUGGUAGAGAUUUUGCAGGUACCUGCAUUGGAGUCCAAGGGAAGUACUUUGAUGGAGGAAUGGAGAAAGGAAUAGAAGUGGAGGAGCUAGAGUGCAGAGCUAUGCUCGCAGCGGUUAACUUUGGAGUCAAUGGAAACUAUAAUAAAGUAGUUUUUGAGAGUGGUAGUGAGGUAGUAGUUAAGUCAAUUAAUGAGCAAAUUUCUUAUGUUCAUUGGAUGAAUAAGCAUUUUAUCCUAGACAUUAAAUUUUUGCUAGGAAAUUUAGAGGUUUGGAAGUGUAUUUCCGUCAAAAGAGAUGCAAAUUGUGUAGCAGAUAAGCGAGCAAAGAAAGCUAGAAUAUCUAAGUCAAUUUUUACAUACCAAUCUGCUUUUCCUCCUGAUGUAAAAGAGUGGAUUGAUAUGGACAACAAUGUACCCUCUUAA